CUCGUGGUCCUUGCAGUGAGGCAACCAGUGUAUCCUGGCGGAGUUUCUAACCUAAAAAGUUGUCAUACGUGUGUUUAUAAACGUGUUAGUUACAAUAAACUCUUGAACAAUGUCUUUCUUCAUUAGACCUAAGCAAAGUGGAAAGAAUUUUAAUAAGAAGGGCUCUUUUGAAAGUCGAAAAAGGAAAGCUCCCAAGAAACCUGAAGUAAAUAAUGACGAAAUCACAAGUAGUGAAGAUGAAUCACAUCUAAAUGAUGAUGCCAACAGGAGUAGUUCUGAAGACGAGCAUGAAACUGCUCAAGAAAAGAAGAUCAGAUUAGCGAAGAUUUAUUUGGAUGAAAUCAAAAAGUUAGAGCAAAGAAAAAUAGAAAACCAAACUUUGGAUGAUAAUUUGAGAGGUGAUUUAGUCCAAAAGAAAUUGCAAGAAGAUUAUUUGAGUCAAACAGGAAGGUUAAAGUUGUUUGUUGCAAAAAAAUAUACAGGAUAUGAUGAAAACCAAAUUGUUACAUUAAGAAACAAUGUGCAUAAGAAUUGUAUAACAUGCUUUUGCAUUUCAUCCGACAACAAAUUCAUGUUUAGUGGAAGCAAGGAUGGAGGUCUAAUUAAAUGGUCUAUUGAAGAAAAGAAGAAAGUUUUAGGUUUACCUUUCAGUUCUAAAAAUACAGAGAGCAGCAUUGUUGGUCAUUCCAGAAGUAUAAUGAGUAUAGCAAUUUCUUCGGAUAACAAGUUUUUGGCUGUAGGAGAUGAGACACAAAACAUACAGAUUUGGAACCCAGUAAACCUAAAACAUGUUCAUACUUUGAAAGGACAUAGGAGCAGCGUGACUGCGCUAACGUUUCGUAAGGACACUCAUACUCUCUACUCAGGGAGUAAAGACAAGGCUGUUAAAGUCUGGUCUCUUGAUGAAAUGUCAUAUGUUGAAAGUGUUUUCGGACAUAUGGAUAUGAUUACAUCUAUUGACUCGCUUAGUAAAGAGAGGGCUUUAUCUUCGGGUGGUAGAGAUCAUUCAUUGAGAAUUUGGAAGUUUGUUGAUGAAUCGCAAUUAAUUUUUAACGGCCAUACUGGCAGUAUAGAUUGCGUUAAAUAUAUCAACGAAGGUAAUUUUGUAUCCGGUGGUGACGAUGGACAGAUUUGCGUAUGGGGAAUGGGAAGAAAGAAACCACUAUGUUCAGUGAAAGUUGCUCAUGGAGUGGAUAGUACUAAUGGCCAACCUUUAUGGAUUACAUCAAUUGCUACCCUUGUUAACACUGAUUUAAUUGCAUCAGGAUCGCACGAUGGAUCAAUAAAACUAUGGUGUUUGGAGAAAGGUUGCAAAAAUAUUUCAGAAAUGUUUAGCAUACCUCUCACUGGAUUUGUGAAUGAUUUAAAAUUCACAAGUGAUGGAAAAUAUUUGAUUGCGGCAGUCGCCUCGGAACAUCGAUACGGCAGAUGGAAUGUUAUAAAAUCGGCAAAGAAUUCAAUUGUAAUUAUACCAUUACAAAAAAAUUAA